ACCAGUCCGGGUAGUGGGGAGAUGAAGCGGGCCACGAGAAUGAGGCAAGAAAGCACACGAUCAGAGGGAAAGUUGAGUUUGUUUCUUGUGGGCGGGUAAAUGCAAUGGCUAAGGCAACCCGCGGAAGAACAAACUACCUGGUCCACGGUCACGGUGGCCACUGGCCAGUGCCAGGGGAACGAACGAACGAACAUCCAUCCGCAAAUCAAUUCAAUUCCAAUCUCAGUCCAAUUCGAUUCGAUCUCCACUCCCCAUAGUCUGCUCAACUACCCAAUCAAUCACCACAGAAACAGGCCUCAACUCCACGUGGCAAUGCGGCCGUGUGAUUGGCGAAGAGUGGAUCGAGAAACUGAACACCCGCUGCGACCGGACGGACUAAAGAGGGAAAACACCACGGCGGGGACGCGAAGGAAAGGAAAAAAAAUUCGCUCAAUUCAACCACCGGCGGUUUGAUCUUGACUCUUCUUCUUUCAAUCUUGAUGCUUGGCCUUGAGUCCAGCAGUUCCAGCCGAGUAUUCUCCGCUUUUUUGCAUGGCGUCGGCUGCCACUGCGGCACUGCCAGGUACUCUUACAGUAGACUAGACUAUUUAGUAGGUCAUGUGAGGAGCUGAGCUGAGCUCAGCUGCUAAAGAACUAAAGAAUGAGAGCGAGG